AUGGAAAGAAUUGUGAUUGUCGGACAUUUAAUGAAUAACAAAAGUGAAAGUUCUGGGCAUAGAAGAAAUGGACCUUCUUUCUCUUUCAGCUUUAGGUCAGGAGAAGACCCGUCCAUCAGUGCAAUGGAGCGUCUUUUCAGGGUUUCUGGAAGCCUUCUGCUGCUGUUGACCAGCAUGCUGUCCGAAGCUUCCGUGCAAAAUGCCUCCUUUUACGAAAGCGUCGUCCUCCCGUGUGAAUUCCCCUUCGUGUCGGGGAGAGAUGAUCUGCAGGUUUCAUGGUUCUUCGUGAAAGAUGUCAAUGAGGAGCCCUUAGUGGUUCACAGCCUCAUCAACGGGCAAGACAGGUCGGAAGCCCAGUCUUCUCAGUUCCGGGGUCGCACCUCGAUACCUGGACUGUCUAACGGGAAGCUGGACCUCACUCUGGAGCGCGUGGACUUCAGUGACGAAGGCGUUUAUACCUGCUCUGCGGCCACCACAAAGGGACACGGUGAUAUUGAGACGAGACUGAGGAUAAACAGAUUAGAGGCGGAUGACCCAGCGGUUGUGCUGAGGUAUGUCGAUGGCCAGAGGCAGCUGAAAUGUACCGCCACCGGCUGGUUUAAGGAUCCUCGCGUUCAGUGGAGAAACAGAGAUCACGAAGACUUAUCCGAAUACGCAAGAACCAGCGUGAGCGACCUCCCCGACGGGAGACAGACGGUGGAGUCUGUGUUAGAGAGCAACGUGGAGGAAAACGUCCAUUACUUCUGCCAAAUCAAGGAGGGGAGGCUGAAGAGGUCUGUCCGGGCCGUGAUCUCAGAUGGGAAUCACGCGGUCACGCUGAAAGAUGAGAUUUGAUUCAUCAAGCAGAAGAGGACAUCAUGGCCGCCUCGCUGCUUUUUG